UGCGGAUGUGCCUCCGCCUCCUCCUCCGGACGAGCAACGAAAAACUCGAGCCCUCCGCUGUUUUUCGCCGCCGGCUCCUUGCUGCACCUCCCAAUCUCUUCCCCCGUUCUCCCCUUUUACCGCCUCUGGAUCCACCACCCCUGUUCCCUUCGCACUCUCCCUCCUCUUCCGCUCGUAAUCUCACCUGUCUGAGGAGGAGAAAAUCGUCACACGUCGUGGUUAAUCUGGUCGACUAAACUGUGCGGGCGCUCAGAAAUCGGGCGAAAGCUGUUCCCACGGAUUUCCCGAGAGAACCGAACAGGAAAACUGCUGGUGGAUAGUCAAUCUUCUAUCGCCAAUUUGUUGAUGGAUGACAAUGUGAAUAUGGAAGUUGAAGAAGAUGAGGAUGAAGAUGAUGUGGACUUCAAUCCCACACGUAGAGGUGAAACUCUGUCAGAAGCCUCAUCUGGCUUAAGUUCAAACAAUGAAUGCCAUGGUGAUGAUGUUAGUGAAGACUGCGCAAGUUCUUUAAAGCAUCACGAUGAUGGUGCAUCAGCUAGCACUCUCUGCUACAAUCUACAGUCUGGUGCUGAAGAUGAAAAGAGGGUCAUGUGCAACCAACUGGUGGAUCGAUACUUAACUGAGAAGAAUGAUACUGUUUUAGAAAAGCCUAAGCCUAAUCAAUCAGAUAUGCCAACGAGUAAGGCAAAUGAAUCAGGUUGUCUUGAAGGAAGUAAUUACAACGUCGCACCUGAGAAAGAAAAGGCUGUUGCUGAAGAACUGAGCAGAGAAGAGUUGCAACAAACCGGUAUGAGUUCUUCACAUCCAUUAAUAUCCAAGAGACCAGCUAUUGAGAUAGAUGAUGAAGAUGCAAUUUGCAAGCGCACUAGAGCCCGCCAUUCUCUAGCAAAUUAUACACUAGAAGAAUUGGAGGAUUUUCUUCAGGAAUCUGAUGAUAAUGAUGACUUUCAAAAUGUCAACGAGGAAGAGGAGUACCGUAAGUUUCUUGCGGCUGUUUUGCUAGAAGGAGAUGAUAACGGACAGAUGGGACAUGAUGAUGAAAUUUUGGAUGAUGAUGAUGAAGAUGAUGUUGACUUUGCAAUAGAAAUUGAGGAGGCACUAGAAAGUGAUGUUGAGGAAAGCUUUGACGAUGACAAGAGGGCAGCUGACCAAAUUGAGGAAAACACUCAUCGACCAGAAACUCGGCAGAAGAAACGGUUGAGGGAGACUGCUGAAAAGAAGAAAUACUUUAUGGGGCUGGAGAAGAUACCACUUCGCCCUAUUUUACCAUAUAUCUCAAAUGGACAAAUAGCUCCAGUGCCUACCCUUGCAUUGCAUUUCCCUUCUCCUGAAACCUUCUCAUGUUCAUUUUCCCCUUCUGGGGUUGAAUCAUCCCAUGGUUUUACAUUUCAACAAUUAGGACAGCUAUACUGUCAGAUACAUGAGCAUAUUCAACUCCUUAUACAGAUAUUCUCUGUUAGUGUGCUUGAACCUUCCCGCCAAAAGGUAGUGAUGGACAUUCAAGAGUUGAUCAUGGAGAUGAUUGCCAGACAUGAAGAAGCAUUGGCUUGGAGAAAAAUACCACAUGAUGUAUCCUGUUUUCAGCCCACUUAUCUCCGCGCAUCAGUGCAGAUUGAUUCUUGUGGGAGUUCUGAAUUUUCUCACUGGAUUCCUUCCAUAGAUAAUCCCAUAUUUUCCAUUUUUGAUGUUGCUCCCCUUAGGAUGGUUAAGAGUUAUAUGGCUGAUGUUUCAUCUACUGUUUCAAGGUAUAGACAAAGUCAUUUGGAGGACCCACUUGAUAAGAAUCACUUAAAAAGGGAACCUCUUUUCCCAAUUCCUGUGCAUACCUCUCAGAUGGGAACAGAGGACUCUUUUAUUGGUGAGUCAAGUGCUAUGUCCUCAAGGAGCACUUCUACACUUUCAGCUGGUCAAUUACCACCCAGAAAGUCUUUAGCAGCUACACUUGUGGAAAAUACCAAGAAGCAAACAGUUGCUCUUGUUCCUGCGGACAUUGCCAAAUUAGCACAGAGGUUUUAUCCUCUAUUUAAUUUAUCUUUAUUUCCUCACAAGCCUCCCAUUGCAGCUGUUGCUAAUCGCGUGCUCUUCACUGAUGCAGAAGAUGGAUUAUUAGCAAUGGGGCUGAUGAAAUACAACAGUGACUGGGAAUCCAUACAAAAGCAUUUUCUACCUUGUAAAUCGAAGCAUCAGAUAUUUGUGAGGCAAAAAAAUCGCAGUUCUUCUAAGGCACCUGAUAAUCCAAUCAAGGCUGUGCGGCGGAUGAAGACCUCUGAGUUGACUGCAGAUGAGAAAGCCCGCAUCCAUGAGGGACUCAAACUUUUUAAACAGGACUGGUUGUCUGUUUGGAAAUUUUUUGUUCCACAUAGGGAUCCUUCUUUGCUACCACGGCAAUGGAGAAUUGCUACUGGAACUCAGAAGUCUUACAGAAAAAGUGAAGCUAUCAAAGAAAAAAGGAGAUUGUAUGAAGCAAAACGAAGAAAAUUGAAGGCUUCAAUGAACGAUAAGCAUGCAGCAGCUGAAAAGGAGUCUGAUGAUAAUGAAGAUGAUAAUAGUGGAGAAGACAUGGACAAUGAAAAUGAAGCUUAUGUACAUGAAGCAUUUCUGGCGGACUCGGAAACUGGGUGCUCUAACAGCAUGCCGUAUGAGAUUUCUCCUUCAGGCUUUUGCAGGAGUAGCAUACAGUUUACUAACAUGGUGCUCUAUGAUGGUGCCUAUGCUAGUGGGAAAUCUGCUUCCAAUUCAGAAAAGCCCACAGGAAUCAUGAAUCCAUUAUCUAAUUGUGGUGAUCUCAGAUACACUUCAUCAAACAAUCUACAGUUCAAUAACCAUUCUCUUAUUUCAAACCUUGGGGCACCGCAAAGUCACUUGGGAUCCUUACAUGGUCCAGGGCGGAAAUUCAAAGGUGCACGGGUGGUCAAGUUGGCACCUGGCUUGCCUCCUAUAAAUCUUCCUCCUUCGGUUCGUGUCAUAUCUCAGUCAACGCUCCAAAAUCAUCCUAAUGGUUCUUCGCAUUCUCAUAUAAGUAAGAAUGGCAGUAUGAAGGCAUCAAAGUCUCCUGGAGCUGUGAAAGGAGAAAGUAAUGUAACAUUGCUAGGAGAAAAAUCAAAUAUGAUACUGGGAGAUUGUUUAGAAGCUAGACAUCGGCGAGAUGGAUCUGCUUCAGAUCAAUCUGUCACUGAAGAAAAUGUCUCCCAAGCAGAUCUUCAUAUGCAUCCAUUGCUAUUUCAUGCAUCUGAAGAUCGGUUUCCAUCAUAUUACUCGAUGAACAGAUACCCUAUUGCUUCUAGUACUUAUCUCCUUGGCUGUCAAAUUCAGAAAGACUCCAUGUUCUCAAAGUCUGAACAUUUAGUUGCAACGACAGACAAUAACAGUCAAAUUCAAAUUUCUAGAGAAGCACCAGUAGAUUUAUUUUCAGUGGACUUCCAUCCACUUCUGCAGAAAGCUGGUGAUGCAAGUGCUGGUCUUGAUAUUGAAUCUUCAGCUGGCCAUUCAUCUAGCAGGCUCCUCAAUGAAUCUCAUUGUGAACUGAGAGAACAUUUGGUUGGUAACGGACAACUUCCAGCUGGUGGAGCAUCUCCAGGCCAUCAGGAAAAGGAAAACAACCUUGAUUUGAACAUACACCUGUAUUCAGUGUCAGAAACAGAAAAGACAAGAAAGGCUAGAGAUGCUAGUUUGCUUCAAUAUGAUGAGCUAGGAAGUGCAAGGACACAGUCUGCGGCAAUGCAGAAAGGCUCAGAUGUGGACAUGUCAAUCCACCUCUAUAACAAAAAAAGUUCUGAAGUUGCAGCUUCACCUGAUACUUUAGUCCGUUCAAGAGGAUGCUGUGGAAAAGACGUCAAGUCACUACGAGUCACACGGGUAUCUGAUGUUUCUCGAGUCCAGUGCACAAAUGAUUUAGAUGAAUCUAAUUUAGAUAUCAUAAUGGAGCAUGAAGAAUUAAGUGACUCAGAUGAUGAAAGUGCAAAUGUUGAGUUUGAAUGCGAAGAAAUCGAUGACUCAGAAGAGGAUGAAUCUGAAUAUGUUCGACCUAGAGAAACCCCUAGUAAGGAACUUUUAGCUUCUGCUCCAGUGUGGGACAAUGACCAAGGCAACUGUAACUUGGAUCAUUCAUAUCAACCAAUGUCGGUAAGACAAGAAACAGUUGAUCAGGCUAUAAAACAGCCUGGCUUAGGAUGGUCAUGCCAAAAUCUACUCAAUACGGAAGCAUCACAGGUAUCAUCCAAACAAGAAAGUCCGAAAAGAGACACGUCCAGAAGCUUACAAACUGUACUUCAUUCUCCUCGACAAUUAAAGAAAGCUCGAAAUCCAAAGAGCUCUAAAGUUCAACUAGUAGGAGCAAUGCAAGACAAUGAUUGCAAGACUAUUUCGUCAAAAAAACGUUCAGCUUGUAAAUAAUUCUUUAUAAAUCUCUAGUUGCUGGUGUCACGUGUUUUGCUGCCAAGUCUGUGAAAUGGUACUCCAUGGUGCAAUAGCUGCCUGUCUGUCUACCUUUCGAUAACUGCCUUGCAGCCUGAAACUGCACUGUAGUAGUAACCAGAGAAAUAUUGGUUAGUUGUUUUGUAGGAUCUUCUCAUGAGUAGUAAUAAAGUCACUUGCAUAGCAUAUCAGGGGAAUCAAGACUGUUGAAAUACAUAAUAAUUACUCUGAUUUCGCCUUUGUUUUCCUGGCAGCCAGUGCAUCUUUGAACUCAUUGUAUAUGAUCAACUGGCCUUGUAAUUCAGCAACUCGAAAAGAUGGCCUAGACUUAUCAGAAAUCAUAGACUUUAUUUAAGUAAUAGUUAUACUCAAUGACUUGUAGAGAUGAAAAUACUUGGUCAUAUAUGUCAAUUCUAUUUCAUUAAUCA